AUGGCUCUGAGCAAAGGGCUGAGGCUGCUGUGGAAGCCGGAACCCACCCCGAGUGGCUUGCUGGAGGCACGCGGGCGCCAAGACUGCCUGCUGCUGGAAGCCGGCACGAUGGCCACCCUCACUCCUGAAGAAAAGGAAGAAAUUAAAGGGCAAUAUGAGAAGCUCAUGGAUGCUUAUGGAUGCUUAGGAGAACUCCAGUUAAAAUGUGGCAACACUACUCUGCAUUUUCUGGUCCUUGUGACAGGCUGUACAUCAGUGGGAAAAAUCCUUGAUGCUGAAGUUUACAGAAUCACAGCAACAGAAUUCUGUCCUCUCCAGGAAGAAAUUAAGGAAGAGGAUCGUGUUUCUGCUUUGAAGAAAAUUCUGAGUUCUGGAGUGUUCUUUUUCUCUUGGCCAAAUGCAGGAUCAAAUUUUGAUCUCACUGUCCGAGCCCAGAAGCAGGGUGAUCACAACUAUCAAACUGGAAAUUCAUUCUUCUGGAACCAGCUGUUGCAUGUCCCCUUUAAACACUACCAAGUGAAUUGCUCUGACUGGCUGUUAAAAGUGAUCUGUGGUGUGGUUGAUGUUCGUACCCUUUACGCCUCACACAAGAAGGCAAAAGCCUGCCUCAUCUCCCGGAUCAGCUGCGAACGAGCUGGUGCCCGGUUUCACAUCCGAGGAGUCAAUGAUGACGGGCAUGCUUCUAACUUUGUCGAGACGGAGCAGACUAUCUAUUUGGACAAUGAUGUUUCUUCCUUUGUUCAAAUCAGAGGCUCGGUUCCAUUAUUUUGGGAGCAACCUGGAUUGCAGGUUGGCUCCCAUCAUUUGAAACUUACCAGAGGCCUAGAAGCAAAUGCGCCUGCUUUUGACAAGCAUAUGAUGCUUCUGAAGGAACAAUAUGGUAAACAAGUGAUUGUUAAUCUCUUAGGAAGUAAAGGAGGAGAGGAGGUCCUCAACAGGGCUUUCAAGAAGUUGCUGUGGGCAUCAUCCCAUGCAGCAGACACCCCCAUGAUUAAUUUUGAUUACCACCAGUUUGCAAAAGGUGGGAAAUUGGAGAAGCUGGAGAAUUUGCUGUGGCCUCAGCUGAAGCUGCACUGGGAGGAAUUAGGCGUCUUUGCAAAAGGCGAGAACGCAAGUUCCCGUCAACAGAUGGGCACCUUGCGAAUGAACUGCCUGGAUUGUCUGGAUCGAACUAACACCGUUCAGUCCUUUAUAGCGCUUGAGGUGCUGCUCACUCAGUUAGAGAGCCUAGGACUAAACUCCAAGUCUAUAGUUGACCGUUUUCUGGAGUCCUAUAAGGCGAUGUGGCUCCUCAAUGGACACAACUUGAGUAGGAUUUUUACAGGCAGCCGCGCCUUGGAAGGAAAAGCUAAGGUGGGGAAACUCAAGGAUGGUGCCCGUUCAGUGUCACGAACCAUUCAGUCAAAUUUUUUUGAUGGUGUGAAACAGGAAGCCAUCGACUUACUCCUUAUGGGUGACUUCUACAGUGAAGACUAUGCUGAUAAAGAAAGAAUGCUCAUGGACCACACAGCAUUGCUGAUGACUCCUAACACUUUGAAAGCCAUGUCAGAGCGUCAAUUUGAAUUUACAAACUUCAAGAGAAUUCGUGUUGCCAUGGGGACCUGGAAUGUAAAUGGAGGCAAACAGUUUAAGAGCAAUAUCCUUGGUACUAGCGAGUUAACAGACUGGUUACUGGAUUCUCCUAAGCUCUCUGGGGUUUCAGAAUUUCAAGAUGACCAUUGUCCUGCUGACAUAUUUGCUGUGGGAUUUGAAGAGAUGGUGGAAUUAAAUGCUGGGAAUAUUGUGAAUGCUAGCACAACUAAUAGGAAGACGUGGGGAGAACAACUUCAGAAAGCUCUUUCCAGGACACAUCGCUAUAUCCUGUUAACAUCGGCACAGCUUGUUGGUGUUUGCCUCUUCAUCUUUGUACGGCCUUAUCACGCCCCCUUCAUCAGGGAUGUAGCAGUGGACACAGUGAAGACUGGAAUGGGAGGGAAAGCUGGAAAUAAAGGAGCUGUUGCCAUCCGUUUCCAGUUUCAUAGCACCAGCUUAUGCUUUAUAUGCAGUCACUUGACAGCCGGUCAGUCUCAGGUGAAAGAACGGAAUGAAGACUAUAAAGAGAUCACCCAGAAAUUGAGUUUUCCUUUGGGAAGAAGUAUGUUUUCCCAUGACUAUGUGUUCUGGUGUGGUGACUUCAACUAUCGCAUUGACUUGACCUAUGAAGAAGUGUUCUAUUUUCUCAAAAGACAAGACUGGAGGACACUCCUGGAAUUUGAUCAACUGCAGCAGCAGAAAUCCAGUGGAAAAAUUUUUAAGGAUUUUCACGAAGGAACUAUUAAUUUUGGCCCAACAUAUAAAUACGACGUGGGCUCAGAGGCUUAUGAUACAAGUGAUAAAUGUAGAACUCCAGCCUGGACUGACAGAGUUCUUUGGUGGAGGAAGAAACUUCCUAUUGAUAAAACAGCUGGAGAUUUCAAUCUUCUUGACACUGAUUUCAGUGCAGAAACCAAAGCCAGACCCAUUUGGUCUCCUGGUGCCUUGAUGUAUUAUGGAAGAGCUGAGCUCCAAGCAAGUGAUCACAGACCUGUUUUAGCUAUUGUGGAAGUGGAAGUCCAAGAAGUUGAUGUGGCUGCUCGGGAGAGUGUUUUCCAGGAAGUGUCAUCCUUCCAGGGCCCUCUGGAUGCCACAGUAGUUGUGACUUUGCUGGCACCAUCCCCUGAAGAGAAAGAUGAAUUUCCUGAGGACUUGCGUACUGAGCUAAUGCAAAUCUUUGAGACUUAUGGCAUCGUUGUGCUUGUCAGGAUCAAUGGAGGUCAGAUGCUGGUUACAUUUGCAGAGAGCAGAUCAGCUCUUCAUGUUCUUGAUGUAGAUGGUAUCAAGAUUAAAGGCAAGACUGUGAAGAUUUGGCCUAAAACCAAAGACUGGCUGAAGGGCCUCCAGGAGGAAAUUGCUAGGAAACGAGACAGUAUUGCCCCGAUGUCACCCACAGCAAACUCCUGCCUACUGGAGGAAAAUUUUGAUUUCUCAUGUUUAGAUUAUGAAUCAGAAGGUGAUAUCCUAGAUGAUGAAGAUGACUAUUUGGAUGACAUGUUGCCUCAGUUACCUCUUGCAACAGAAAUGCCAUUAGCAAUGGAAGAUUUGCUAGAUGGUCCUGAAUAUUUGAUAAGGGCACCCAUGGUACAUGCAAACAAAUCUCACCUUGCUGGAAGAAAGCUGCAUCUACAUAAAGAUGACACUGACCUGGCUGAAUUAAAACAAGAGCUUGAAGGAAGUGGGGAGUUCUGCCACCGUUCCCCAAGCAGGUCUCUUUCUGUCCCUGGUAAACCUCGGCAGCCUCACCCACCCCAGCGACCUCCUCCUCCAGCUGGAGUAUCGGUAAAAAAAUCCACGUCGGAUGGCUCCAUCUGUUCCACAGGCCACUCUCUGUCCUCCAUUCUGCAGACUGCAAAACUUCUUCCAGGGGCACCACAGCAAGCACCAAAAUCACGGACUGGGAUUAGUAAACCGUAUAAUGUCAAGCAGAUCAAAACCACCACCCCUGAGGAAGCAGAGGAAGCCAUACGGUGCUUGAUGCAAGCAAAAGGAGUAACACCAGAGGAAGCCUUGGCACCCAUUCCAGUAAGAUCUCAAACUGUCAUGAAGCCUGAGACAUUCCCCAGUGUUCCCAAACCAGCCCCUCUUCACAACCUGCAGCCAGCCCCAGUGCUCAUACCUCAGCGUCCUCCACCAAAAGUUCCAGCUACUAAGAAACCGGUACCCUUGCAAAGGAUGGAAGGGAAGCCGGGAAGUCUCUCGUCUCCAGAAGAGCAAUUUGAACCAUCUACGGGUCAUUUCUCCUUUGCGCUGCCAGAAUCUUACCUUGAAGCCAGAACCACUACUAGUCCUACGAGGGCUGCCCCUGUUCCUAAGCCACGAACAAUGAUCCCUGGCAAAAUCCUCGAGAGGAGGAAGAGCAGCGAAAGGCAACCAGCCGCACUAUGCCUUUUAGAGGAAGGUUCUCCUUUUCCUUCUCAGAAUUCUGCCUAUGCUCCAAGAGUUCCACCCAGGAGAAAGAAGUCUGCUCCCGCUGAUUUCCAUCUACAAGUACUCCAGAGCAGUGACAGACUAUUUCUUAAGGGUUUAACAUUCAAUUCCAACAAUAAUAACAAUCCAUCAGAAUAUUGUUCUAUAACACAGGGUUCUGAUGCCCUCCUGCUUUCUCCUAGUGAAUCCCCUUUUCUGGCAACUAGAGUCAUGGCCAGCCCAGUAGACAACAGCUCUAAGCUCUUAAGGCCAACUGCUUCAGAGUUAAUUGUUGGCCAACAGGUUUCUCCUACCUUGUACAUCCGGCAGCUUUCAGACAAUGAAUGUGUUAUGGGAAACACCAAUCUGUUAGACCUGGGUGUAGAUUUUGCUGCUUAUCAGCCUGUGACCCAGCCACAUCCAGUGACUCAGGAACAGCCAGUCAACCCAAUGAACAAUCCAAAAGAUUUGAAAUUCUCCAGUCCAAGAGAUUUCAGUCAUUGGGUUACAUUUGGGGAAGAUGGCAACAGUGGACGUGAAUCUCCUAGUCCUAAUGAACUGCUUGCAUUCAAGCAAAAUCAAAAUGCCCGUGUAGACAUGGGCUCCAAUUUAAAAUUAUGAGAUUAUUUUCUUGCCUUUUCCUAUAAAAAGCAUAAUAAUGGUGUUUGCUUUGUUCUCAACACUCUAGUACAGGAAGGACGAAGUUCAGCAAGUUACUUAUGGUACUUCACGCUCCUUUUUUCCUGUUGAAUUCUGAUUCAACUUGUAUGGUAAAUACAGUGGCAACUAUUUCUUUUCUAUAUGUACACUAGAACUAUUCCUGUUGCAGUUAUUCCUUGUUUGCACUUUGCUAAUUUUCUGUACCAGGGCUGGUUCCUCCAUAUUUCUUUUCAGUGAAAAUGUUAACACAGAGAGAAUUCUGUAUUAUGCAUAUGUCUCUAUGGGCAGACCAAGGAAGUUGGUCUGAAACUACGACGGAUGUCCUACUGAACUAAUUGGAAUUUAUUUCUGGGUGAACGUGUUUAGGAUCACACUGCACAGCCUAGUAUUGUCUGCCUCUUCUCUUUUAUGUUGUUAAACAUCUGCACAUUGUGGGAAGGAGUUUAAAACAAAUGGGCUUAAUCAAGCAAGCACUCUGUAUUUCACUGAGAAAAUUAGGUUGGCUCCUUCACACGUACUUUUCCCCUGGCAGGUUUCUUUCUCUGCCUUUCUACAGGUUUUAUUAUACAGUCACUAGAUGGCACUGUGGUGUGGUAGAAUUGAACAAUUACAUGAGAUUCUCGUUCUGCCAUUUCUAAAUAAUACCUGAUUUUCCUCAUUAGGAAAAAAACCCGCAAUAAUGGUUGCAAAGCACAGGAGCAUGACAACAUCAUUUAUAGGACCCACAAACUACCAUGAGUAAGUAAGCAAUCACAAACACACAAUAAAAGCUUCAUAGAGAAAAGUUUCCUGUUGCUGUUUUCUACUGCAGUCAUUGUCCCAAGUCUUGUCUGGGUUUUUAUGAUCAAAACUAUAUUGCCUUAGGGCAAAGAGGAAGAGAACCAAAUAAACAACAUAUAUUGAAAAUGUCACAGGGACACAUAAGAAAGGCCUCUGUUCCAAAGACUCUCAAGCUUUCACCCUUUGGGGCUACACUCACUAGAGUGAAAGCAGCCCCAAGCUAACACAGCACAUGAAUAACAGUGAAUGCAUAAAAGGCAAAGCAUUUUAUUCAAAAUACUUAACUAAAAAGGAAACAUGCAAGGAUUUACCUGUGGGAUUUAUACAAUAAUUUAUGCAAUCUGGUACAUGUGCAAGAUUGGUAAUUUAUUAGUAGGAAAACUUUUGAUGAAGUGCAAAGGUAAUGAUUUAAUUUUAAUUGGUCUUAAAUAGUAAUGGUGGGAGGGGGAAUAUGUAUUUUGGAGUAUCUUUUUUGUA